ACAAUUCGAUUCGUUUGGAUAGUUCGUUUCAAUGAAACGAUUUUACAAAAGCCAUUUUCAUAAAUUCUUUGAGCUGAAAGUCAAAUAUAACCCGCCUCUCUUCACAAUUUUACUCUCAAACGUUCACGCUUACAGGUGAGUGAUUAACAAAACGUUGUGCGAUUCGGUUACUCGUCAUUCAAAUGAACCGGCUCAUAAUUCGCAUUCUUUUGGCCUUCCUGAAAUGACUUUUUUCGGAAGUGUCUAACACCACUGUACCACCAGCCAUGAUAUUUCCAGGACUGUCCUGAAAUAAGACUGCAUUCCUGGCAUAAACUGCUGUCAGAAUGUCCUCCAUAGACCCCUAUCAGUACAUCAUAGUAGAGCAUCAGUAUUCUCAUAGACUGAAAGUAACUGUGGCCAGAGCUGAAAAUGUGACUAAAGGAGCAUUUGGGGAUUUAUUGGACACCCCAGACCCUUAUGUGGAGUUGUCCAUUCCAACCACCCCAGAGUCAAGAAAACGGACCCGCCACAUAGAUAAUGACAUUAAUCCAAAGUGGAACGAAACAUUUGAGUUCAUAUUGGACCCCAAUCAACCCAACAUUUUAGAGAUGACACUGAUGGAUGCUAAUUAUGUCAUGGAUGAAACUCUCGGCACAGCUACAUAUUCCCUAUCAAAACUCAAAGUGGGGCAGACAGAGCAAGUGACAAUCCCUAUUGGCAAGACAACCAAAGUGUUUCUCGAUAUGUUCUUAGAAGUGUGUGCAUCCAGAGACUUGCGCUUCAGCAUUGCUUUGUGUGAUCAGGAGAAGCUUUUCAUGCAGAAACGCAGAGACAGAGUUAUGCUCAGCAUCAAGAAACUUCUCAAAAUGGAAAACCCGCAAUUCCUUCCAGCCUCACCAAGAGAGGUUCCAACCAUCGCCAUACUGGGCUCUGGAGGAGGGUUUCGUGCAAUGGUGGGCUUCUCUGGAGUGAUGAAGGCUCUAUAUGAGUCUGGAGUGCUCGACUGCGCAACAUACGUUGCAGGACUUUCUGGAUCAACAUGGUAUAUGUCUAUGCUGUACUCACAUCCUGAGUUUCCUGCCAAAGGACCAGGGUAUAUUAAUGAGGAGCUGAUGAACAGGGUCAGCAAUAACCCACUUAAACUGCUCCUGCCCCAAAACAUCAACCGCUAUGUCAAGGCACUGUGGAAUAAGAAGUCAGCCGGACAGCCAGUCACCUUCACUGACAUCUUUGGCAUGUUGAUAGGAGAGACUCUCAUUCCAGGGAGAAUGGACACAAAACUUAGCUCCAUGCAGGAGAAGAUUAAUGAAGGUCAGUGCCCUCUGCCACUCUUCACCUGUCUGCACGUCAAACCUAAUGUCUCUGAGCUCAUGUUUGCAGAUUGGGUAGAGUUCAGUCCGCAUGAAAUUGGCAUGGCCAAGUACGGCACCUUCAUGUCUCCAGGGCUCUUUGGGAGCAAGUUUUUCAUGGGCUGUGUUGUGAAGCAAUAUGAGGAAAACCCCUUACAUUUCCUCAUGGGUGUAUGGGGAAGUGCUUUCUCCAUACUCUUUAACCGGGUUCUGGGUGUGAAGGAUACAGCCAACAGUAGCACAAUGGAGGAAGAGUUGGAUCAAAUUAAACCAGAACACAUUGUGGGAGAUGACUCAACAGAUAAUGAGGAGGAAACUCCAAGAGGAGGCACAGAGUCUGCAGAGGUGGAAGAUGAACGGCAGCGUCACGCCCAGGCUAGCUGGGUUCAGCGCAUGUUGACCUCAAUAAUGGGUGACUCCACCCUGUUCACCACACGUGAGGGCCGUGCCGGCAAGGUGCACAACUUCAUGCUGGGGCUUAACCUGAACUCUACCCUGCCCUUCUCACCCUUCAGCGGCCUCAUGAACCAGACCUCAGUGGAUGAGGAGGUUGAUGCUGUUACAGAUCCUGAUGAGUUUGAUCGAAUCUAUGAGCCCCUUGAUGUGAAGAGUAAAAAAAUCCAUAUUGUGGACAGUGGCCUGACCUUUAACCUGCCCUACCCUUUGAUCCUGCGUCCUCAGAGAGGAGUGGACCUCAUCAUCUCAUUUGACUUCUCUGCCAGGCCCGGUGACUCCAGCCCACCAUUCAAAGAGAUACUUCUGGCUGAAAAAUGGGCUCGCAUGAAUAAGCUGCCAUUUCCUAAGAUUGAUUCCAAAGUAUUUGACCGAGAAGGUCUGAAAGAGUGUUAUGUGUUCAAACCUAACAAGGGAGACAAAAACUGCCCCACUGUCAUUCAUUUUGUCUUGGCCAAUAUCAACUUUCGGGACUUUAAAGCCCCAGGAGUUCCCAGACAGUCAGACAGUGAGAUAGAGUUUGGUGACUUUGACAUAUUUGAUGAUUCAGCUUCUCCCUACUCCACUUUCAACUUUCAAUACCCCAAUCAGGCCUUCAAGAGGCUUCAUGAUCUCAUGGAGUUCAACACGCUUAACAACAUUGAGGUUAUAAAAGAAGCUAUUAAAGACAGCAUUCUGCAGAGACGAGAGAACCCAUCACGCUGUUCGGUUUCCCUUUCACUCAGUGAGAUCGAAAACAAGAAGUUCCUGAAACGAAAUACCAGCAAUGCAAAAAGACACACCUAACAGAUAGCUAAGCAAAAAGCAAUACACAAAAGCCUCGACAUUGUGGUUUUGAGACUAUGUUGGUCCUUGGUGCUGAAUCAGAUUUGAAAUAGAAUCAGCAAGCUGAUUUAUCAGACAAGACUGGAUCGACCUUAUUGCUGGGGUUUACAAUGUUUUCAUUUCAAAUGUAUCAUUUACUGUGAUUUCCCACAAUGUUUCUCCAACAUUUGUAAUAUGUUUGGGCAAGUUCCCCACACCUUUAAUCUUAAAGGGCUCUUACUUUUUGAGACAGUCAUCUGACAAAUCUGGCAGUGCACUUCUCUAAGGAGCCCAAGUACUGGCAGCUUUGUUUUUUUGUGGGCAUUUUAGCAAGCAAAUAAUCUUCUGAGGUGUGAGAGUAAUUUACAGUCUCUGUGGCAGCCUGCGUCUCAGGACAUUCUGUUCAUAAAGUGUUUUUGUUUGUGUGAUAAGAAAGCAACGGAUGUUCUCCAUUCAGUUCUACUGUGACGCACCUAUGACCAGUAGAUGGUUUGUGUCUUUAGUCUCAUAUUUUAUUGAAAUGUUAAUACUUUUGUUGAGAACUUGAUUUGGCUGCUUCUAUUUAUUUUGCUUGCAAGUGCCCUCUCUCUUGCCCAUGGGUUGAGAAGAAGGUGGAAUGCCAUCUUACACCUCCCACACCAGACUCCACCUAUUUGGGAGAUGUCAAAAAUGAUAACAAGAUGGGACAUGAAUGAAUGACCUGAUGAUCCUUUUGAAAGAUGAGUCAGUUCCUGUUUAUUGAUAUAUUGCAUUUUGGCAGGUUCUAAAUAAUAUAAAUCUAACUUUACCUCUCCACAUAAUCACUCCUCUGGUUUACUGAAUGAUAAAGUUUAUAGUAACACUUAUGAAAGUGUUAUCACAAUAAUGUUCCAUUCAUUAAAUUAGUUAAUGCAUUAGGUGUCAUGAACUAACAACGAACAACACAUAUUUUUACAGCAUUUAUUAAUCUUUGUAAAUGUUAGUUAAUAAAAUAAAAUUGCUCAAUGUUAUUUCGUAGGGCAUUAACUAAUGUUAACAAAAAAAAAAAAAAAAAAGAACACUAACCAAGAUAAAUAAAUGCUGUAAAAGUAUUGUUCAUUGUUAGUUCAUUUAAACUAAUGUUGUUUACUAGUGUUAACAAAUGGAACCUUUUUGUAAAGUGUUACCAAGUUAAUCAUGGUUUACUUAAUGAUUAAAGCAGUUAACACUGCAUGAAAUAGUUUUACAGCAAAUGCCUAUUAUAGGCAUACCUGUCAACAUUUGGGUACCAAAAUCGGGUGUGAAAAACGGGAGUGUUGACGGGUUUGAUUAAAGGGCUGCCAACUCUCAUGCAUUGAGCGUGCGAGUCACGCAGUUGACACUGAUCUCACACCAUACGCCCCUUUUCUCACAGUGAUAACGCCGUGGUGCAAAGAGGACACUGACAACACACGGACAGACAUCUAUUUAUUUAUUUGUGUCAUGCUUAUUUUGCUGCUGCUGUUUUAAUAUUUUGAUAAUGACGAUCAUCAUUAAAUCAAUUCUAAUUGUGGCCUGAAGAUGUAAAUCAAAGCAGGUAAAGCCAUUAAUAAAACUGAACUGAGGUCAGUGGGAUUAAGGUGGAGGGUAUAUACUGGAAAGACGAGUAGUAAAAAAAAAAAAAAGUCUAAGCUAUAAUCGUCUUAUUCAGCUCCGUUCCUUUUCUGCGUUCCGCUCUUCCGAAUUUUGUCAUCUAACUUCCUGUUUUGUACUGAAGCUACUAAGAAGAGUCGAUCAAAGUGGAUUACGUGUGGAAGCACAGAAAGUAUUUUGCAUCAAGAGUUGUGAGUCUACAGCACCCCCUUACUACUUGAAAAUGCUAGCAAGGUGUUUUUUCUGUCACUCUAAAGUUGUGCCGAAUGUCCACCUGAAGCCUACCCCACUUCGCGUGCACGCGCACAGUACCGCCGUGUUUCCACUAGAUGAAAGUAAAAAAAAGUGGUAAUUUCGUCUUCAGGUGACACUUUAGUGUAAAAUGUACCAGUAGGCUACAUGCAGAUUUAAUGUUUAAUAAGCAGACAAAAAAUACCUAGAAUCACUGAUCUAUUUAUACAGUGCAUCUGGAAAGUAUUCACAGAGAUUCACGUUUUUCACAUUUUGAAUGUUACAGCCUUAUUCCAAAAUUGAUUAAAUUCAUUAUUUUCCUCAAAAUUCUACAAACAGUACCCCAUAAUGACAACGUGAAAGAAGUUUGUUUGAAAUAUUUGCACAUUUAUUCAAAAUAAAAAAUCACAUGUGGAUAAGUAUUGACAGCCUUUGCCAUGACUCUCAAAAUUGAGAUCAGGUGCAUCCUGUUUCCACUUAUCAUCUAUGAGAUGUUUCUACAACUUGAUUGGAGUCCACCUGUGGUAAAUUCAGUUGAUUGGACAUGAUUUGGAAAGGCACACACCUGUCUAUAUAAGGUCCCACAGUUAAUGGUGCAUGUCAGAGCACAAACAAGCCAUGAAGUCCAAGGAAUUGUCUGUAUUAGACCUCUGAGACCGGAUUGUAUCGAGGCACAGAUCUGGGGAAGGGUACAGACAAAUUUCUGCAGCAUUGAAGGUCCCAAUGAGCACAGUGGCCUCCAUCUUCCAUAAAUGGAAGAAGUUUGGAACCACCAGGACUCUUCCUAGAGCUGGCCACCCGGCCAAACUGAGUGAUCGGGAGAGAAGGGCCUUAGUCAGGGAGGUGACCAAGAACCCGAUGGUCACUCUGACAGAGCUCCAGCGUUUCUCUGUGGAGAGAGGAGAACCUUCCAGAAGAACAACCAUCUCUGCAGCACUCCACCAAUCAGGCCUGUAUGGUAAAGUGGCCAGACGGAGGCCACUCCUCAGUAAAAGGCCCACGACAGCCUGCCUGGAGUUUGACAAAAGGCACCUGAAAGACUCUCAGGCCAUGAGAAACAAAAUUCUCUGGUCUAAUGAAACAAAAGAUUGAACUUUUUGGCCUGAAUGGCAAGCGUUAUGUCUGGAGGAAACCAGGCACUGCUCAUCACCUGGCGAAUACCAUCCCUACAGUGAAGCAUGGUGGUGGCAUCAUCAUCUUCCAACAGGACAACGACCCUAAGCACAUAGCCAAGAUAAAAAAGGAGUGGAUAUGAAUGUGAAUGUCCUAGAGUGGCCCAGACUUGAACCCCAUUGAACAUGUCUGGAGAGAUCUGAAAAUGGCUGUGCACCGACACUCCCCAUCCAACCUGAUGGAGCUUGAGAGGUCCUGCAAAGAAGAAAGGGAGAAACUGCCCAAAAAUAGGUGUGCCAAGCUUGUAGCAUCAUACACAAAAAGAUUUGAGGCUGUAAUUGGUGCCAAAGCUGCUUCAACAAAGUAUUAAGCAAAGGGUGUGAAUACUUGCGUGUGGUUUUUUUUUUUUUCCGGAUGCACUGUGUGUAUAUAUGUGUGUGUGUGUGUGUGUGUGUGUGUGUGUGUGUGUGUGUGUGUGUGUGUGUAUAUAUAUAUAUAUAUAUAUAUAUAACAAAGUUCAGAGACAAGAUUUUCUGAGAGAAAAUCAGUAGAGCAGACAGCAAUGCACUCCUAGUAAGCUUGUUUGAUACAAGUCCAUUUGAUACAAUAUUAAAUCGAUUGCACAUUUUGUAUUUGAAUACUUUUAUACCUAGUACCUCUCCCAUCAUUCAUACAUCCUAAUAUCUUGUCCUCUAAAUUCCUCUAUGAUUAAUCCAUUUGCAUCCGUUCUCUUAUUCCCUCACAGUACACUAUGCGCAUUAAAGUCUCCACACCAUAUCACUUUACUCUGUAUUUGCACACCCACAGUAUUAAAUGCAUCAAGGCACAUUCUAUUACAUGGAUUAUAAUAAUCACUUAUUGUUAUUUUAUCCUUUUCUGAUUACUAUUGAUUCGUGGUCUUUUCCUACAUUUCGCACAAAUGUUGCCACACCACUACCUUUCCCGGUCAUCCUGUCAUUCCUAAUUGCUGUAUAACCCUGUAUUAUAAAAUCCCACUGAGGUCUUAGCCAUGUUUCCUGUAUGCAUGUUGUGUUAGGUUUAUUCUGUAAGUUUGAGACAAUUUUUUUUUUUAAUUCCUGCCCAUUGGCAAUGACAGUGCACAUUGCACUGUAGGAUAAUUAAUAGCAUAAUGUACCAUCACCCCAUGACUGUGAGCUGAGAUUUUGUUCCACUCAACAAAUGAGGCACCUCUUGAACCAGUUUAAUAAUCACUUUGUACUCAUCAUUUCG